CAAAAUUUCAUCUUCGCCCCUUCCCGCUACUACAUAACAACCCCUUCAAACCUCACUUCUUCAUCUUCGCUUGCUUUCAUAUUCACCUUUUUCCUUUCCUGCAUCCAAUUUCUCUCUAGACUUGUUUGCGCCUACUUCCUGGUGCUCUCUUCUGUCUCCGAUUUUCCCUGUCAUACACCCACUCCCCGAAAAAGUACAUCUCGACUUUCAUCAUGUCUUACGGUGGUGGUUACGGUUCGUCCAGAGACGGCGGUCACUCCAACGGUUAUGGCGGUGGCCACAGCUACUCUAACGGUUACUCCAACGGCGGCGGCUACUCUAACGGCGGCUAUGGCGGAUCCAACGGAUACUCCGGUGGUGGUGGCGGCGAUAAAAUGUCAAACUUGGGCGCUGGUUUGAAGACACAACACUGGGAUCUUGCAGCCUUGCCCAAGUUUGAAAAGUCAUUCUACAAGGAGGAUCCUGCCGUCACAGCGCGGUCGCAACGAGAUGUCGACGAGUUCCGCAGAAAACACGAAAUCACUGUUCAAGGCCGCAAUGUUCCCCGGCCGGUUGAGACCUUCGACGAGGCUGGAUUUCCUUCUUAUGUCAUGAACGAAGUCAAGGCUCAAGGCUUCACUCACCCCACUGCCAUUCAAUCCCAGGGCUGGCCUAUGGCGCUUUCCGGUCGUGAUGUGGUUGGUAUUGCUGAAACUGGUUCGGGAAAGACUCUUACAUACUGUCUCCCUGCCAUUGUUCACAUUAAUGCCCAACCGCUCCUCGCACCUGGUGAUGGCCCAAUCGUCCUUGUCCUUGCACCAACUCGAGAACUCGCCGUCCAGAUUCAACAAGAGAUGACCAAGUUUGGAAAAUCUUCUCGUAUCCGAAACACCUGUGUCUAUGGUGGUGUCCCCAAGGGUGGCCAGAUCCGUGACCUCGCUAGAGGCGUGGAAGUGUGCAUUGCGACCCCAGGUCGUCUCAUUGACAUGCUCGAAUCCGGCAAGACUAACCUGCGUCGUGUGACUUACCUUGUUCUGGAUGAGGCAGAUCGUAUGCUUGACAUGGGUUUCGAACCUCAGAUUCGCAAGAUUAUCGGUCAGAUUCGUCCUGAUCGACAGACUUGCAUGUGGUCUGCAACUUGGCCGAAAGAAGUUCGCCAGUUGGCUUCCGACUUCCUCAACGACUUCAUCCAGGUCAACAUUGGCUCCAUGGAUCUGUCUGCCAACCACCGUAUCACUCAAAUUGUCGAAGUCGUUUCUGAAUUCGAGAAGAGAGACCGUAUGGUGAAGCAUCUCGAGCAAAUCAUGGAAGACCGCAACAACAAGAUUCUCAUCUUCACUGGCACCAAACGUGUUGCCGACGAAAUCACCCGAUUCCUGCGUCAGGAUGGUUGGCCCGCGCUCUCAAUCCAUGGCGACAAGCAGCAAAACGAGCGUGACUGGGUUUUGAACGAAUUCAAGACUGGCAAGAGUCCAGUCAUGGUUGCUACGGAUGUUGCAUCCCGUGGUAUCGAUGUCCGAGAUAUCACUCACGUUUUCAACUAUGACUACCCCAACAACUCCGAGGACUAUGUUCACCGCAUUGGUAGAACAGGUCGUGCUGGGCGGAAGGGUACAGCCAUCACCCUCUUCACCACUGAAAAUGCCAAACAAGCACGUGACCUACUUCAUAUCUUGCAGGAGUCCAAGCAGAACAUUGACCCUCGUCUUGCCGAGAUGGCCCGUUACUCUGGCGGCGGCGGUGGUGGCCGUGGCUACGGUGGCCGUGGCGGCUAUCGUGGCGGUCGUGGUGGCGGCGGCGGUGGCUUCACCUCCUCCAAUGCCGCUCCUCUUGGCCGCAGCCGUUGGUAAACGUUUGAGCAUUUCCGGUUUGGACGAGUGAUUCGAUUUUUCUUUGCAAGUUUCGUCACGCACGUGCUUUACAACCCGAACCUCGAUAGACCUGUACCGUGGGCUGCGUUCCCGGGAUUUUAGGCGUUAUGGUGCAUCUGGAAGGCAGACAGAAUGUGUUUAUGGGGCUGGAUCUGCGUGCUUUGUCUCCCAGGGAAUCGGGCAAAAGGGCCCAUGGGUCGAUCGUGUACAGCUGGGAGAAAGCUGGCAGGACUGAUAUUUGAUGUUCCCAUCAGAGGAAGACUUUUGAGGGAUCAUCUUAGCGUACCGCAUUGUCAAGAUAUUAGAAAUAGACAAUACCCAUGAUGUGUGUAAAGGCGAGA